AUGGAUGUUGAGGAGCUGGAUGUUGACUCUGUUCCAAAAUCUGAGACAUGCUGCAUGCAGCGCAUUCUUUCGCUGCAGGUAGACCUUUUAGGGGAGAAGUCCGUAAUCCAAACUUACCCCGAGUUCAUUAGCCACAGCUGUUACUUCAUUCUGAGGUAUCACUGUGAGCUCAAUUUUAUUGAGAUGUCCUGGGGUUGA